AUGGAUCUCCCCGAAGAGAUGCUUGCCGACAUCCUGCGCCGCGUCCCGGCGCGCCACCUCGCCGCGUGCAGGCGCGUCUGUGCGUACUGGCGCGCCACCAUCGACGCCCGCAGGCUGCUCCUCCCGCACCUCCUGCCGGGCGCGCCGCGCGGCGUCUUCAUCAACAUGGCCGAGGGCUUGCGCGACACCUACUUCUUCGCGCGCGGGGGGCCCACCGGCGGCGUGGACACCCGUCUCGUCGAUGCGCCUACCAGGUGGUGCACAGCCUUCGUGGACCACCGUAACGGGCUCCUCCUGUGCGAGGCCAGCGAGGGCACGCGCUUCGUCUACAACCCGGCCACGCGGAGGUCGGCGGUCCUGCCGCCCGCGCCGCGCGCGGAGCCCUGGAGCGUCGCUUCCGCCGCGUACCUCGUGUUCGAUCCCUUCGUGUCUCUCCACCACGAGGUUCUCCUGCUCCCCGAGCUGCCCGGCGAGCCCCAGCCCCCCGAACCCACCGACCCGCCGCCGCCACCGCCGUUCAACGUUGCGCGGCUCUUCUUCGCGGACGCCGAGUCGUCGGGGCCGCCUCAGAUCGACACCGACGACGAAACGGACUACGAGGAGGACUGGUUGUCCUCGGACUCGGCGUCGGAGGAUGAACCGCGGAAGCGUGCGAGGCCCCGUCAGCGCGAGCACGUCGAGGCGAAGGACACGUUGGGGCUUAUGGAAUGGCCGCCGUCGCCGUACGUGGUGCAGGUGUUCUCGUCCGAGACCGGCCGGUGGGGCGAGAGGGCGUUCGUCCGGGAAGGCAGAGCUCCAGGGACAGUGGCCGACAUGUGGUCGGAUCCACUGUCACCCAGCCACGGAAUGGCAUUUUAUCUACCUGACUGCGGGCCGCGCCGCCGCUGCGCCGUCUACUGGCGGCAAUCGCUCUACGUCCAUUGCCGUGGUGGUUUCAUCAUGAGGUUGUCGCUGCUGACAGGAAAGUAUGUGGUGAUCAAAACCCCAGGAGUCACCAACGUUGCCGAGCGUCCGUGGGCUAUGCCGCGCCUGAGCAAGUCUCGGAAGGGGGUUUACUGCACCAUCAUCGACAUGCUAAAGCUCCAGGUAUGGGUACUGACCGAAGAAUCACCGAUGGCGAUGCCGGUGUGGGAGAUGGCACAUCAUGCCGACCUCGAGCCCUCCAUCAGGCAACUAAUGCGCCAAAACCUUCAAAACUCAGAGAAGUCUUGGACCCUGGACGAUCCCAGGAGACCGAAAUCAUGGACGGAGCAGAGAUGCCGCGAAUGGGACUCGGAUAACGACGAUGAUGAUGGCGCCGAUGUCAUCGGAGAAGAAGAAGGCGGGUACAUUGGUUGGUUGGAUUUCUUGGGGUAUCAUCCUCUCAAGGAGAUUGUGUUGUUGGGCCACCAGUACGAGCGUUGCGCUUAUGCCUACUACCUGAGCACUUCCAAGCUUGAGUACCUUGGUGAUCUUUGUCCGGUGCCAUGGGAUGAGCAUUAUCCCGCUUGCGUGCAGGAGUCGUACGUGUAUACUCCGUGCAGGAUCGACAUGCUUUCUGAUGAGAAUGGUGUCUCUGUUGAUUUGAGUAAAUGGGUUUCAUAA